AUGGAGUACGUUGUAGUUGACUACUCUUUAUAUCUUCAAGAUGAUAAGUGGAGGUUAUAUCUGGCUGAAAUUAAAUAUAGAACAAAUACUUAUGAAGAUGGAGAGCUUUGGAUAACUACAAGAAGGACUGAUGGGCCUUCGGUACCGGAGAAUUCGAGGAUAAAUGGUGCGCAACCAGCCCCUCCGGUGAAUAGAGAACCACGCAGUGGUAACCGGAAUGAUUCGUCAAAAUCCACGGAAGAUAAACCUCAGUUGACAGUGAAGCUGGAUGAAAGUCUUCGGAAGCAGUUACUAAACAUGAUGAAUAAGAGACCAGCUUCGGCGGAACCGAAGCAACACCUUGAUAUGAAACAGCAAAAACCGAUGAAAAUCGCAGGUGCAAAAGCCAAGUGCGGUCUUAUUCCGAACGCAAAUCCACAGCCUGGAAGCUCAAGAAUAAAACAAUCGACCCCCAGAAACGACCAAUUAAUGAAAAGUGCUCAGCCAAAAGAAACUUCUGCAGGAACCAAAGGUAAAGAGAGUCAUGAGCAAAGUACUAAAUCUAUAAACCAAAAAAUUUUCAAACGUAGUAAACAAGAGCCAAGUAUGCCGAUACUAAACGAAUAUGAACCAACUAAAGCCAUUAAUAUUGAACGACAAGACCAGUCUCAACAUGAUAAGCAUCCGAGUAGAACUAAUAGCAACAUCCAAAAUCAUCUCACUAGUAAUAUGACGCCUGCAUCAACGACUGCGCCGAAACCGCCCGCUAUAGUCGAGCAGAAUCCUCAGCCGAAUCAACAUAAUAACCAAAAACAUCCGCAAGACAGUGGUAAUUCAUCUUCAAACUUCCAACCGCGAAUAACAGAUGUUCGAUCUAUGGCAACAACUUCCAACAAUCAAGAACCACGUGCUGGUGACGGUUCAAAUAAUGGAUCAUCUUCUGCUCAGCAUACACCAGACACAAUUUCUGCUAGACUGCAAGAUAUAAUAAGGAAAGCGCCGUUUUGUGUACCGUCGCAACCUCCAAUCAAGAAGAAAAUGCGCCUUGAGAAUAUUACGAGAAAUGUAGCUGUGCAAAACCGUUCGACUUUAAUGGACGAAACCAAAUCAUUAUCGGAGCCUCCAGCUAGAGAACCACCACUAACCAGAAUUCAGAAUCGGUUGCUCGUCGACUAUCAAGAAAUUCAGCAUGUGCCCAGAAUAAAUAUCGAGAGACCUCACAGCGUGACUGCUGUGGAUCCAAGAGUUGUUCAUCAGAGUAUCAACAAUGUCGCAUCGGCUUCACAAAACUCUUCAAGCACACCUCAACAGCGUCUGAAUUUUACCAGUCAAUUGAAUGGAGAGCAAAAUUUACCAGCUUUGCAACAACAUAUGCAGCAAGCCACUCGAGGACAAAAUUUACCUCAAAGAUCCAGCGGAUCACCAAGUGUUGAUCAGAGAAUAAACGCCACACAGCAUCAGCCCAACAGACCUAACUCUCCAACGAUCAGGAUGAGGAUACCAUCUUUGGAUAGGUAUCCAGAGGGCAAACAAAAUCGGAUAAUUGGAGGUCCCGAGCUUUCUGAUCAAGCACAGCUGAAAUUAAUUCAACAAGAAUCACGACGUCCACCAGGGAUCCUGAGAAAAGCGCCAUCGCCUGUUUUGUCAGAAGUUCCGAAAUCAAUCAUCGAAACACUUUUAACUACUAGUAACGACUAUCUAUCGAAUGAGCAGCGACUGAAAGUCCUCAUGAAUGACAGUUACAAGCAGCUGCGCAUUGCAGGUUUAGAAAACGUAAUUCGAAACAUCUCAGCAGCACAAUCACGUGAUACGCUCAGCUCCAGGAUGCCUACCGGUUCACCUGAUCAACAACCGAGAAUGGAACCAUAUGUCUAUGAAGAUAUGGCUCAGAAAUCACGCAUGCAGAAGCAGCUGGUUGAUCAACCCAAUGCCAAGAAUCUGAACUCUCAAGAUGACAUUGUGAGGUCCACUGCUGCUGGUGAAUCCUCGUCGAGAGGAGUAGACAGGGAGUGUCAUACAGACAGAUACAUGAAAGAAAAACCUGUGUCGCCAGCUAACGGGACGAAUUCAGAUUCAGGAUGUGAUACUGAUCAAGAAGCAGCUUUUGGCCAUGAGAUGUUAACAGAUGAGACAGUGAAUGAGGCUGCGCAAAAUGGUUCGUCAAGACGUGCUUUGGAGCAACAAAUGUUGGACCAAUUCGCUACCAUCUUUACUCAAAUGGGCUCGACUUUGAAUCAUACGGCGAAUAUGUUCAAUCACCUACGGGAUUCGAUGAUGGAAACUGCUAAGACAUACCAAACGUUGUUGAGUAAUAUAGAAAAAUUCAACGCGAUGGACAGUUCAGCAAGCCACGCAUCUUCCUCUCGUAACGUCAGGCAGGAAGUCCCACUGGUUGCUCAAGGGAUACCAGCCGCACUAUUUGAAAGAGGAAACCGAGACAACGGCAAUCAACCGAGCAAUAACGCCGUCAAUGAACCACCAGAAAUAAAUCACAAUAACAGAUGGAGAUUCGUUCUACCGCCGGAAUAUGAUUCUGAGGACACAAAAUGGACCCUGAAGUAUCGGGAAUAUAGGCACGGGCUAGUAGAACUCUUGCCUCGAAGCGGUAUUUACGUCAGCCACGCAGAGCUCAGGCACAGCAAAGAAGAAUCGAAUAAUUGCCAAUCAUUAGCGCAACGACUGCUAGUAGAAGUCUUCAAUUUAACCGCUCUGAGUGUCUGUUCAUCGAUGACUGAAAAAGCGCAGAUUGGUUACAAGAUGCGCCCCGACGCAAGGCCCGAUUUAGAUGACCACGGAUGUUUAGUCCUGCUCAAUUUUAUUCUGGAGUGCGGGCUAGAACGUGGUUGGAAUACUGACUUGCUGCCUAUUUUCCAAGGCUUAGACAAUAAAGUUAAAGAGCUGCGGUACAAGCUCGGUGUGAUAUCUAAGCGCUCAAGCGCAUCAAAAUCGGUUGAUGCGUUCUUGAGAUAUCGUUGUCGAAAAAAAUCGAAAAAAGUGUUUUUUUGUAAUAACUCCAGAAUUUUCCGUCUGAUAAAUUUUUUUGUUUUGAAUUUUUUAUGGAGCUCGAAAAAUUACAUCGAUCGCCGCCAACCACGUGAAAAUCGGUUAAUUAAUUCAAAAGUUAUAGCAGUUUGA